AGGUUUUAGACUGCAUAGGGAAAGGCUCCAGGGUUGGAGCUGACUCCUGCUGAUCCCUCCUCUGGAAGGGCUGAUCAAAGGCCAGCAGCAGCAGCAGCAGCAGAUGAGCCUGUAGAGCUGGAAGCAGAGCUGCAGGAAGGCACAGAGCCAUGGCAGAGAGCUGCCCUCCCUCCCCUGGCCUCCAUCCGGGCUUCAGGCAGGAUCCAGUCCCCAGGGCCAAGCGGCUCUCGGAUUCCACGGUGCAGGUGCAGGCCCUGCAGUCAGCCAAGAAAGCCUGUGUGCUGAGCUGUGGCUGCAGCACCCCAAAGCCAGCAGGGAAUCCCCUGCUCCCUUCCCCAGGCUCUGGCUGCUCCCUUUUCCUGGAUGAGAGUGGGCAGGAUGAGCUUGGGGCCAGUUUUUCCGUGGCCAAGUACGACGACGUGGCCAUUUCCCUGGACAUCAGCAGGUGCUUCGACGACAGCGAGCUGGAUGAUUCCCUGCUGGAGCUGUCAGGCAGUGAGAAAGGCAACUCUCCCUUUGAUUACACCGAGGAAGAGAUCCAGGAAAUCUUGGCAGAUGAUUCCAUGGAAGCUGAGCAGCAGCAGAACCUCCCUGGUGAAAGCCACCCAAGCCAAAGUGAGAGUGGGAAGAGUGACCAGGGGACAUCGCUCAGCGAGGUCACCCAGGAGGCAGAGGAGCCCCAGGAGCAUCCCUCAGGCAGCUCUGGGUGUGAUCCUGGCUUUUUGAGUGGCACUGCUGCUCUGGAUGGGGCCCAGAGGCUGCAGCAGGAGCUGGACCUUGACCUGCAGGAGCUGCUGAGCCUGAGCCCGUUCACUGCUGCCUGUGCUGGUGAAACUCUGGAGGAAAACAACCUGGAAAGAGAAACUUUGGAUGCCAUGAUAGAUGAUUGCUUGGGAUAUUCCACAGCUGCUGGGAGCUGCAUUCCUGAGAAAUCCUCGGAAAGGGUGAUGCCUAAAGAUCAGGAAAGCCUGGCUCAGGAUUGCCUGGGAAAAUCCCUGCCCUCAUCCAGCCUUCCCUGUGGCCAGAGCACAGGGGAUGAGAGUCCAGCAUCUGUGUUGCCACCCAAAAAAGAACUUCCCAAAGCAACACUGAGCUGUUUGUCAAGGAAAUCAGACUCUCCAGAGGAUGCUGAAGGGGAACCCAGAGGAGCUGAGCAGCCAGCAGGCAGCACUAAAUUAAGGGACACAGCUGUAGGCCAGAGUGGGCAGGAAGAGCCACCCCGUGGGAAGAAAAGUGGCAAAGUAAUUCCUGUCCCACAGGAGGAGGAAGAAAGGCUAAAACAACGGAGCUGCAUUUCAGAAGCACAGCCUGAGCAAAAGAGACGUUUCUCUGCAGGCUGUGCCAAUCCAAGUGAGGAAAAGUGUGGCUAUUACCUCAGAAAUUCCCCAAAUUCCAACCCAUCCCAGUGGGUGAGCGAGAACUUGGCCAAACCACAAUUUCCAGAGAAUUCCUGA